CUUUAGCUUCCAUUUUUCUUCAGCAACAACAACAAUGGCUAUGGCUUCUCCAGAUCUCUCUUUUGUCCUCAUUUCAUUCACUCUUUUCUUCUCCAUUUUCCCUUCCCACUCAAAAUUACUAUCUUCUCCUUCUCCUAUUUCCUCUCCAUCACCAAAACCAUCACCUUCAACUCACUCAUCUUCAAUUCUUGAUCCAAAACAACUCAAAGCUUUACAAUCCCUCAACAUCCCUAUAGGAAAAGACCCUUGUAACCCUCAACACAACACCACCAUAACUUGUGACUCUUCAACCCCAUUUCGCCACAUUGUUUCUUUAUCACUCACAAACUGUUCUGAUGACGUGGCAUUAUCAAACACAGCUUUGAAAUCUUUGUCUACACUCAACACCCUAAAGUUUAUCAACUGUCCAGUUAAGCCCAUUAAGUUUCCUGCUCAGCUCACUUCUAGUUUAAAAUCUUUUACCUGUAUAAACAGCUUGAAGAAACUAACUGGGGUUUGGUUAAGUCGGUUACAGAACGUAACCAACUUAACUGUUUCCCAUGUUUCUGUUACUGCUAGUGGUCCUUCUAUAAUCUUGAGCAGUAUGAAGAGCUUGCGAAUUGUUACUCUGUCUGAUGCUAAUCUUACAGGUUAUUUGCCUAAACACUGGCAUGGAAAUGUUAGCUAUAUAGAUUUAUCAGGGAAUAAGUUAAAAGGGAAAAUUCCCAGUUCUUUAACUGAGCUGGAGAAUUUGGUUUUCCUGAAUCUUAGCUCGAAUUCGCUUAACGGGUCGAUACCUGAAUCUUUUGGUGAUUUGUCCUCUUUACAGAAUGUGUCAUUGAGUUCGAAUUCGUUAUCAGGAUCUAUACCUGAUUCCAUUGCUGCUAUUUCAGGUUUAGUUCAUCUUGAUUUAGGGUCUAAUAAGUUAAAUGGAAGUAUACCUGAGUUUAUUUCAGAUAUGAAGAGAUUGAAGUACUUGAAUCUUGAAAAGAAUAACUUUCAUGGUGUUUUGCCUUUUAAUGCUUCGUUUAUAAAGAGAUUGGAUGUGUUGAAAAUAGGCGAAAAUGCGAAUCUUUGUUAUAAUCAUUCAACAUUGUCUAAAAAAGUGAAGCUUGGAAUUGCUCCUUGUGAUAAACAUGGAUUGCCUAUGUCACCUCCACCAUCAAAGGAAAUUAAUUCGGACGAUAGCGAUGAUUCGGAGGAUUAUGCUGAUGAUGAGAGUGAGAAAAAACAUCAUAGUCAUGGACCAAGUAAGGUUGUUCUUGGCAUUGCUAUUGCACUUUCAUUAAUUGUAUUUUUGAUUGUUUUCUUGAUUCUGUUGGCUAAAUGUUGUAAAUGAGUAUAAAAAUGAAAAAAUCUUGAUUAAGUUUAGUUUAGAAAAUUUCUUGAUUGGUGAUUAUGAGAUGUGUUUAGUUACAGUUGUUAUUGUUGUUGUGCCUUAGAAGAAGUAGAAAAGAUGGUUACUUU